AUGGCAGAGCCAAGAAAAUCUGAGGAGGGCAAGCCGGACGUCAGCCAAAUGGAGCGUGUCAUGACUGCUGGCUCUCUUGGCGACGUCGACAAGCCCAACCAGAAUGGCAAGGUGGACGAGUUUGGUGCGCAUACCAAGACCGACCCCAAGGAAAUCGCCCUUGUCAAGAAGAUUGACCUGUACAUUUUGCCCAUUCUCUGGGUGAUGUACUUUUUGAACUUCCUCGACCGCAAUGCCAUGAUCAAUGGCAAGCUCAACUCUCUCACGAAGGACUUGAAGCUCAAGGGCAGCGAGUACAACACCUGUGUUUCUAUCCUGUUUGUCGGAUACCUGUGUGGCCAGGUGCCCUCCAACAUGAUUCUCAACCGAGUGCGACCAUCUUGGUACAUGGCUGGCUUCAUGUUGGCAUGGUCGAUCAUCUCCCUCCUCACGUACCUGGCACAUGACUUCAAGACGAUGCUUGUUUUUCGGUUCUUGCUUGGCAUUACUGAAGCUCCCUUUUAUCCUGGAGCGCUGUACAUGCUUAGCAUGUUCUACACACGUAAGGAGAUUGCUACCCGCAUGGCCGUCUUCUACACCGGAAACAUGGUGGCCAGCGCAUUUUCCGGCCUGAUUGCUGCCGGUGUCUUUGCUGGUCUGGACGGAAAGCACAACCUCGCAGGUUGGCAAUGGCUCUUCAUUAUCCAGGGAGCUGUUUCUAUUGGCGUUGCCCUGGCUGCCUUCUAUCUCCUCCCCGAUGCCCCUCUCAAGACUCGCUGGCUCACCGAGGAGCAACGCCAGAUGGCUCACAAGCGUAUCUUCGAUGACACCACCGACCGCCGCGAAGGCGGAAGCAGUGUCUGGAAGGGUCUGCGCGAGGCCUGCACUGACUGGCGCACCUGGGUAUUCUGCCUCAUGGACAACAUGCAUCUGUCGGCGAACGGCUUCAAGAACUUCUUGCCAAGUGUCGUCAAGACUCUGAAGUACAACACGACCAUCACCCUGGUUUUGACGUGCCCCCCCUACAUCCUUGCCGGUAUCCUCAGUAUCCUGGUCUCGCACUCUUCGGGUCGCUUUAACGAGCGUACCUGGCACACAACCGUCAGCAAGCUUAUCGCCUGUGCUGGUUUUGCUAUGAGCGUGGCAACCCUGAACACCACUGUCCGUUACGUCGGAAUUAUGAUCUUCGUCGGCGCCACCUACGGCGUGAACAACAUCAUUCUUGGAUGGACCGCGUCCGUGCUGGGUCAGACUGAUGAGAAGAAGGCUGUUGCCAUUGCCAUGUGCAACACCUUUGGCAACCUCGCCAGUGUCUACACUCCCUACUUGUGGCCUGACUCCGAUGAGCCAAGAUACCUGAAGGCCAUGUUGGCCAGUAUCGGCUUCUCACUCGGUGUGGUGGUCUGUGCUUGGGUCAUGCGUAUUGCGUUGCAAAGGCAAAACCGCAAGAUGCUUGCUGCGAACAAUGGAGUUACGAACUUGUAUGUAUACUAA